UAAAGUUACUAUAAAUAGUUAAAGUUACCCUCAAACUAACCGUCUUACAAAUUAGAUUUAUGGUAAUUUGAUUUUGGGUAUGUUUAGGAAAGUUAUUAUAUUAGAUAGAUUUAUUAUUUGUGGUAAUUUGAUUUUGGGUAGGUUAGGAAUGUUAUUAUAUUAGAUAGAUUUAUUAUUUAUGGUAAUUUGAUUUUGGGUAGGUUUAGGAAAGUUAUUAUAUUAGAUUGAUUUAUUAUUUAUGGUAAUUUGAUUUUGGGUAGGUUUAGGAAAGUGAUAAGUGGUAGAAUUCUAUUCCCUCCGUUUCGUAAUGUUAGUCCCAUAUACUAUUUUGGGCGUUUCAAAAUGAUCUACCCAUAUUGAAUCUAUUCCUUAUUUAUUUUAUUUUAUUUUCCUAAUUUGCCCUUAUUAUUCCAUUAAAAUUACCUAAUUUAUCCUAGGAUUCUAUUUAGAUUGUUUAUUAUUAAUUCAACUUCACUAAAUAAAUUCUUUCUCAAUAUACUUUGAUUUUUACGUCCCUAUAUGAUCCAGAAAGUUCCUCUCUUCUCUUUCUUCAACCUUUCACCAUGUCUUACGAGUAAUUUUUUUUUUUUUAAUAAACCCUAGCUUUCUCUCUGAAAUUACAGUUUUUUUUUUACGAUUUCGACUUCAAAUCUUCCUCUUUGCUCCUUCAGUGUUCGAAUUGGCCGAAUUAUUCCGUACUUUGUUCAAUCCGUGUUCGAAAUCUGCGAAGAAAUCUGCAAAAUUACCAUGUCUUAUUAUGCGAUUUACAUAUUAGGUUUGGGUUAUGUUUAGUAGUCUAUAAAUAUGGGUCAAUAUCAUCGAUAAAACUCAAACAAAGAAAGCUUUUGACUGGUGAUAUUUUAUUGAAUCGACAAGAGCAAGAUGAUUUCAACCUCAGGAAAAAAAAGUAAAACAAGUGUUGAUUGGGCAAACCUACCUUCAGAAUUGCUGGUAGAAAUCAUUGAAAAUUACUUGGUAUCAGUAGAAGACUAUGAGGCAGUGUCUGGUGUGUGUCGUAGUUGGCGUAAAGCCGCCAUAGUUGGUUGUGAUAGGGAGAGAUUGAGACACAAUUGGCGUUGUCGUCAAAUGCCAUGGCUUUUUCUAACGGAUGGCAAUGAAGAGAUCUUGAACAAGGAUGGCCCCUACGCAAGGUUAACUAACCUUGAAAAACGAAAAAGAAAGAGUAAAAGAAGAAGAAGAAGAAGCGUGUUGAAUUUAUCAAGGUUUGACAAGAAGUACAAUGUUAAAUUCCCUCAAGGAUACGGAAGGAGUUGUUGGGGUUCAAGUCAUGGUUGGAUAUUAAGUCACGAUGAUACUCGCAACAUGUUUUUGUUCAACCCUCUUACCAACACCCGAGUUAAUCUUCCUUGUGAAACCACAUUGCCUAUGCGAAGAUACUUUGACAAUUAUUUCAUAAACAGAGCAGCCAUUUUCAAUGAUAACACCGUGGAGGGGGCUUUACUUGUGGUUCUCAUUUAUAAUCGUUCCAAAACUAUCGCCUUUGCCAAGCCAGGGGAUACUGAAUGGACCGAGGUUAAGAUUUAUAAAGUCCCUACAAUAGUAGAUGUUAUCGUGUUGUUGAUGGACAAGGUAGACUUUUGUUUGUAAAUGUCUAUGGUGAUCUUGCAGAAUAUCACCUUGAUCAACAACAACCCAAGGUAACUUGGUAUCACUCUAAACUCGAGUUCCUACAACAAUUUUGGACUAAUGUUCGUGAUCAAUAUAUAUACAAUAUAUAUCUUGUUAAUUCUGGUCAGGAUCUUCUCAUGGUUUUGAGGUUUCUUGAGUUGGAAGUACUAGUACCCGAAUUUGAUUAUGACUCUGAUCAAGACAAUAGUAUUGGUAAUUAUAAUACGGUGUUACUUAGGGUCUUCAAAUUUCACUUUAGUGCCAACCGAUGGGAGGAGUUGGAAGAUUUGGAAGAUGUUUCACUUUUUGUAGGAAACAACACAACUAUGUCGGUUUCUAUAGCUCAUUCAGAUUGUCAACCCAAUUGCAUAUACUUCACCGAUGAUAACAUAAGUUUUUAUACAUGGACGCCAGAUAAACUUGGAGGACAUGAUAUGGGUAUCUUUCAAAUCAAGGACAAAGUCUUUAAACCUUUUGAUGUCCAAAUUAAUAAUGGUCUUACACGCUCUUCCUAUUGUUGUCCGUUAUGGUUUAGUCCUGCACUUUAAUAUGAAACAGAGGUAGUAUUUAUCUCUAUAAUUUUUGUAAAAUCUAAUAACUGAUUUAGCAAAGAAUUUUCAAGGGCCAAGUUUCAGUUCUUGUUCGACUACUGUUUUUAUAAAACCUUUCAUGUACUCAAUUCAUGUGAAAUCUAAUUAAGUUGCAAGUCUUCAACUUUUUUUAUUGUGA